AUGGACGUGCAGAAGCAGGUGGUCAGCAGGCUGCGGGCAGCGUUCCAGGCCGGCGUCACUGCGCCGGAGGAGUUUCGGCGGGCACAGCUGACCCAGCUGGGGUCUAUGAUCCGAGACAACGAGGAGCAGAUUGUGGCGGCGCUGCACAGAGACCUGGGAAAGCCCAAGUUUGAGGCCAUCCUCUCUGAGGUGGACAUAGUGAUGAACGAGCUGCACCACGCCAUCUCCAACAUGUCGGGCUGGAUGCAGCCCGAGUACGUGCCCAAAAACCUGGCAACAAAGCUGGAUGACUGUUUUGUCCAGAGGGAACCUUUAGGGGUGGUUCUGAUCAUUGGGCCGUGGAAUUACCCUCUGCAGCUUCUCAUUGCCCCCAUGGUUGGAGCCAUCGCUGCAGGAAACUGUGUGGUCCUCAAGCCCUCAGAGAUCAGCUCUGCCACAGACAGUCUAGUGGCCGAUCUCAUCCCCAAGUAUCUGUCUCAGGACUGCUACGCAGUGGUCCGAGGAGGAGCAGAGGAGACCAAGGCCCUCCUGCAGAAUCGCUUUGACCACAUCUUCUACACAGGUAGGAGCCUGGGCCUGAUCCUGAUCCUGAUCCCGGAUCUGGGCCUUAUCUUCGACCUGGGCCUGGAUCUGGGUCCG